UGUCCAUUCACGAUAGCUGGUUCAGGUUACCUCGUUCUGCGUUCUCCUUCAACACAACCGCGAAAACCUUAACUCAGAGCUCGUUCACCAUACCACCCAAAUCAAUUGUCCAAAAUCGCGGCUCAAACCGAACAUUCGAACUUGAAUCAGGAAUUUUGGGGCAAGGUUGCUAGUGUUGGCAGGAUUCAGGAGUAACUAUAGUUCAAACCUAAUAGUAGAAGAAAAGGAACUUCAGCUGGUUUUAUUUGAUAGAGAAACCACUGUUACAGAAAUAUGGAAGAGGAAGAGGUGAAUCGAUGCCAGAUUCAGGAAUGGUAUCCAAAGUUCAAAUCUGUAUCCUUCAAGACCUUAAUUCAUCAACUUCCUGAAUCAUUUAUUCAGUACCUUCUUGAUGACUCAGGGCCCUUCCUGUUGCCUGAUUCUGUCUUAAAUGAAGAUGCAUUACCCAAUAGAAUUCAUAACCCGGAUGAGGAAGAAGAUUUUCAGGUGUCUGAGGGAUCUGGUGAUGAAGCAGAAGCUUCUGCACCACCUUCUUUUCCAGAACUUGAAUUGAAAAUUAAGGACUUCAUUGAGUCCCUUGGGGGUGCAGUCUUCCCUAAGCUGAAUUGGAGUGCCCCGAAAGAUUCAGCUUGGAUAAGCACCUCUGGUACCCUUCGAUGCAUCAGUUUCAGUGAGAUUGCACUUUUAUUUCGAGCAUCUGACUCAUUGGUCCAUGAUUUGUGCCAUGCUUAUGAUUCGUGCCAGGAUAAAUCUUCAACUAGACCCCAGAAUUUCUUUCUUGCUCUCCGUAAAUGGUAUCCAUCCCUUCAGCCAGACAUGGAAUUUCGAUGUUUUGUACGGAAUCAGAAAUUAAUUGGAAUUUCUCAACGGGAGGUUACUACUUUUUAUCCUGUUUUGCUUGAAAAGAAGAAUGAUCUCCUUUUUCUGAUACAGGCAUUUUUCAUCAAUCAUGUGAGGGCUAAAUUUGAGUCAGAAAACUACACAUUUGAUGUUUACAUUACAAAGGAUGACAGAGUUAAGAUUGUGGAUUUCAACCCUUGGGGUGCAUUUACAUUGUCAUUGUUGUUUACAUGGGAUGAAUUGGACCAUAUUCAUAGUGAAGGAAAUGAUGUGGAGUUCAGAAUUGUGGAAGAUCGUUGUGCUGUCAGGCCAGGCCUUAAAACAGCAGUCCCAUUUGACUACUUGGAUACCAGCCCGGGGAGUGGUUGGGAUCAAUUUCUAAGAAAUGCAGAUGAAGAGUUAAGACGACAAUCUACAGGAGCUGGUGCAUGAUAAUCAGAUGUUUUUUUUUUAUUAUUUAUUUUUAAUUUCAUUUCGAGAGUUUUGACAAACAAGGUGAAGACACAUCUUUGAAAACAUUACCCCGUAGAGGAUGCAGUUUUCCUUUUAGUCGUAGUCUUUAUGGUUUAUAAGUUUUUAUAUUGGACUUCUAGUUGCCAUUGUAAGUUGUAUCCAAAUAUCAGGCCUCGGAUAAUUUAAUGCUGAAACAUCAGAGGCACAUGGAGAGCUGAAGUGGCAAUUGUCUAUGAUGAAACCAAAUUAUCUUCCCUUUUAAAUUUUACAUAUGGAGAAAAUAUAUCAUGUAUUGGCUUUUUGUAUUA